AUGGGCUCUCUCGACAUGCUGCUGUCUGAGCGCUACACACAACCUCUGAUCCUUCAGAGACACAGAGAUCAGCAAGAGAGAGAAGAAGAGCUCCGCUCCAGUGGAGAGGACUUCCAGCAGGUCCUCGGCUCCAGGAGCAGUGAUAAAUCUGUCCAUCUGAAUUCUCUGUUCAACCCAGAUAACCAUGGGAUCAGUCCUAGAUCUGUCAUACUGCAGGGAAACUCAGGGAAUGGGAAGACCUUAACUGUACAGAAGAUCCUGAUGGACUGGGCAUCGAUAAACUCUACAAAGAGCGGUUUGAUAUUUCACUUAAAGUGUAAAGAAAUAAACCGCAUUCCUGGCAGAAAGAGUUUGGUUGAGAUCUUGAGCUACAGCUGCAGUUUAACACCAGGUCAGAUCUCACAGAUACUGCAGAAGUCACCACAGAAGAUGCUUUUCAUCAUUGAUGGGUUUGAUGAGUUGAGACUCACACAGGAGAUUUAUUACAUGUCACCUCACACUGAUGUGAUUCAGAAAGCUCCAGCUGGGGUCACACUUUGUGCCCUGUUGAGGGGUCGCAUCUUGCCAGAGUCCUUCCUGCUGGUCACCACUAGAUCUACAGCUAUAGACAAGUUGAGCAAGCUGCUCAAAGGACCUCAGCGUUUCACUGAGAUUAUGGGAUUCUCUGAGAAGGGAGUGGAGGAGUACUUCCAGAAGUUCUUUCAGGAUGAGGAACUUUUCAGAAGGGCUUAUACAUUUGUGAAGACAAAUGAGACCCUCUUCACCGCCUGCUCCAUCCCUGUCAUCUGCUGGAUCAUCUGCACGGUUAUGCGAGAGAGGUUCAAUGAUGGUGCAGAUGUGACAAGCGGACUGGAAACCACCACCUCCAUCUACGUUGACUUUGUGUUCACUCUGCUGGAUCAUCACUGCCAGGGUUUGAGUCAGCCCGUCCCGAUCCUGCUGAGGAGUCUGGGUCAACUGGCAGAGAGAGGGAUGCUGGAAAGACAAGUGCUGUUUGAUGAGAAAAGCGUGCAUGAAACUGUUCCAGACUCUGCUAAAAAUCCAUUCCUAUGCAAGUUCCUCUUUAAGAGAAGAAUCCACCAGGAGACAAUGUUCAGUUUCAUGCAUCUCAGCUUUCAUGAGUUCUUUACUGCUCUCAACUAUGUCCUUCUGGAUGAAGAAGAAUCCCAGAGGAAACUGGCAGUGCUAAUAUUAAAUCAUACCGAUUGUUACCCACCACAUUUUCCAGCUGUGUGGCAGUUUACAUUUGGUCUCUUGAAUAAGGCUGUGAAACACACACUUAUGAAGAAACAUGGGCUGUUUGUUCACCCAAACACACAGGCUUGUCUGAAAAAAUGGAUUUUGAAAGAGUUUCAUUUUGAUUAUUUGUUUAAUAGUGGAGCUCUUUUUCUUCUUCACUGUCUUUAUGAACUCCAUGAAGAUGACUUUGUGUAAGAAGCUAUGGAAUCCUUGAAUAAGUUGGAUACAUAUGCUCAAUUGUUGAGAAGAACAGACUACUGGGCCCUGCUGUACUGCAUUCAGUGCUGUUAGAGCAUCAAAGAACUGGAUCUCCACUCUUCCAGUUUAACGCCUGAAAAGUUGAUGAUGAAUCUACCUGCACUCCACAAGAUUAAACAUUUGCAAAGAUGCAUCAGAAUCUGAUCUUGUUAAACUGCUGUGUGCCCUCACGAGAGGACAGACACUGAAUGCCCAGGAAGUUCAUGUCAUGUCCCCGACUGGAAAUGUUGGCAAUUGUUCUAUCAAUACACUUGAUCUGUCAAUCAGUGAAAAGCUAUCCAGAUAGAAAUAGUAGUAGACCGCCUGACCGAGAGAUGGUGUGUUUGGACCCUUCAGAUCAUCCAGAACUGCCCCAGUCUAACAGAAGUCAAGUAAGAAAAAGAUCUGUAAUCACCUUCUGUCCUGUGUUUGUAUACAGUUGUCUGUUAGGAACUCUUGUGUUGGUCAUAUUUAAAGGAAUAUUCCACCCAAAACAUUUACUCAUUCUUGUGUUCCAAACCUGUGGAACUUUCUUCUGUGGAACAACUCAGAAGAUUUGUUCUUGGCAACAUCCAUAUAACAUCCGUUGUUAUGGAACUGUUCAAAUAAAAUUUGUCAAAUGCAAAGUAUUAAUAGUAUCUGUUCCUAA